AUGACAAGACAGCCACCCUCGGAGGCCCCAGGGCGCCCGCUGGAGGAGGGGCCGCAGGGUGCCGGGGUCGGCCACCCCACAUCCGGAACCCGCCCCUGUCCACCCCUGCGCCCCGCCGCCCCGCUGCUCAAAGUUCAGUCCCGGCCGCGCUCGGCGCCUCCCCGGGCACUACCUGGCCGGGCCCAGCCAGUCCGCCUGGGGCCGGACCAGGACUCCACGCCCGGCAAGUGUCGCCGCACUCAGGCGGGGGAGGGGGCGCUGCAAAGCCUCCCGAGGGGCUUGGGGCACUUCCCCUCACAGCAGACCCGCCCCGAGUCGAGCCCUAAGCGUCACGAGCCUUCCCGGAGACCUGCACCCCUCGCCGCGGUUUCCGCCGCGCGACACCGCUCCUGGGCGGUCAUUACCUCUCAGGAAAAACUCCCAACUCCUCACGGGGCCGCCCUCCCCGCAGUCGACACGCCCCGGGAGCCCACACACGACCCAAGCCGCGCGCAAGGGAGACCCCCGCGCCAGCGCCAGUUCCUCACGGGACAAAAAUGUCCGGGCGCGUCACGGGACGGCCGCCUCCGCGCCCCACGCCCGGCGCCGGCCGCACCGCCGCUCCGCCCGCGACUCACCGUCAGCUCGGCCGCCGCAGCGGGGAGGCGAAGGACGGGCAGGGGAAGACACAAUAUGGCAGAGCGCCGCAGCUGCUCCGGCGGCUUCCAGCAGCCGCCUCCGGCGAGACGCGGCACCGAGCAGGCAGCGGCAGCUGCGGUGGCGGCCGCGGAGCACCACAUCCCCCUCCCGCUCGCUUCCUCCCCCUUUCCCCGCCCUCCCCCGCUGCCGUGGCAACGCGGCGCCAAGGAGAUUAGCCCCGCCCCUCCCGCCCGUCCCCGCCUCUCGCGACCCCUCGGGAGGGGGGCUCGGCCCGCCCCGCCCCGCCCUGUCCUCUCCCCUCCCACCUCCUACCGAAGGGCCGGGCCCGGGACCCCGCAGGCUGCCCAGAACGGCGGGUGGGGAAGGAAGGGGGAUGCGGUGUUCGGAAGGGCGGGGCUCGCACGGAAGGCAGGGCGGAGACGUUGUAGGCUAGCCGGUUUCAGGCUGACAGGCUGGGGAAGGCGGGAAAAUGGAAAGGCCUCGCCUGUCCCAGGAACGACCUAUAGGAGUGCGGCGGGGCGCGGCGCGGCCUCUGAAUGGCCGAGAUGGCAGGGGGCGGGGCGAAGCGGGGCGGGGCGAGAGUAG